CUCUUGAGCAGGGUAAUGACGAAAGAGGGCGCUAUUUUUCAAGAUGGCGGCGUCCUUGUUCGGAGCAAAUUUGACUUUCUCCUCAACUUCUUCGAUUUCCUCAUUGCCUAGAUCGACCGAUAUCUUAGAUGCCUGUAACAAGCCAAUGAGACAAAGAUGUGAGGAGAUAGCAAGCUUUAUACACAGGUCAUCAAGCAAGGAACUUCACAGCGUCUACCCCCAGCUGCUGGAUAAUAUCUUUGGUUACAACCAGAACCCCGGCUGGGGUCUGCACGUUGUGACCCAGCAGACAUCGAGGGAUGACUACAGGGUGCUGCAGGAGUUCAUGUCCCCACGGGGACCUCUCAUGCUGAUGGUCUACAAGCUGCAGGCUGACGGGGUCUUACGCUAUGAGUUUCCAGUCUCCAGUUUGCCGGCUCCAACCAGGGACGCCAUUCUAGAAGGAGCCAUGCCAGGUUUAUAUGCUCAUAAGCUGAGUUACCAGACCCAAGGAAGACUACCCUCAACCAUCUCACUGAAUGCAUUUGAGUAUUUUAUGUACAGCUUUGCUUACCUGAUUGUGUUUCGGCAUAAGCAACAGAGCUUACAGCAGUGGACGGACGCAGAUGACUGGCUGUACCCGAGUCUUCUCAACGACUAUCUACACCACUUCCUACCCAUCGAUGGAAGCAGUGUACCCCCUGCACCCUUCACCUCCGGCACCCAGACCCCCACCCCAGGCCAGGGCCACUCCCCUCCCUACAGGUUGCCUCAGUACGGAGUUCUCUAUCACUAUUUAUACUCGGGUGGUUCUCAGCACAACCAGCUUUUUCGCAACGAUGUUGCCAGCGGCAUGGCACACCACCAGCACCCGCACCAGCACCACCAACCCCUGUUCAACCUCGCCCAGUCUGCACCGAUGGACUACAGCAACCAGGAGACGUGGCGCAGCGAGACCUUCCUGCAGGCGCUGGGGGAAUUCUGGCUGAGCCAGAACGCACUGCAGCCCAAGGAGCAGGGAUUCAGGCAGCAUGUCAGAGAGAACUACAUUCCCAGCUCAGACCACGUCCGGGUGGUUCGAAUCCUGGUCAAGCACCUGCAUUUCUUUGUAAACUCUGCCCGACCUCCCCUGGCCAUCACCGCCUAUCAGCAGCCUGAGCAGGGCCAGCUGGAAGACUUCAAGAGGUAUGUGAUUCCUCAGUUCAUCCAGAAGAAACUCUACGUCUUCUUACGACACGGCUUUGACAAUUGGCCACUGGACUCCACAUUCAGACAGAUACUGGAGGUGUGGCUAAGUUACAUCCAGCCCUGGCGUUACACUGAGCAGACAAGGGAAGAUGAGAGAUCACCUGUAAACAUGAGAGACACAGCAAGGGAUAGACCCUUACAAGAAGAAAGAUGGUUGAAGUUUGUAUCCAGCAAUCUGCUGUUCUACACGGUGCUAUUUCAGGAGUUUCUACCCAGGGCCUUCCGUCAGGAUCUGACUGGACCCAAGAACGCUAUCGUCCUGUUCCGUGUGGCCAAGGUGUUUGCCCAGAGCAACCUGGCUCAGGUCCUGGAAGAAGCUGAGCGACGUCUUGUUGAGGAUUACCACUCCCCAGUCCGGGGUCGUUCAGGGUCGUUCGGCAGCAGUUUCAUUUCUCAUCAGCGUGUCCCAUCAUCCCUGGACCUCGGCUCCCAGAUAGCUGAGCUGGAGGCACCGGGCUUCGCAUAUUGGCCCUUGUUUGGUGAUGAAGUCAAAUCAGGGAUAGAGAGGUUACUACAAACGGUCCACCAGGCCCACAUCACAGUCUCUAACAUGAACUACUCGCCCAUUGCCAAUCCUGACGAAGGCUUCUUCUCAUGGUUGGGAUUCAGUGACCUGACCUCUGAGGGUCAGGGGUCAUAUGGUCAUUAUCAUCAUCACCAGCUGCAGGACGACAUUGGGCCGGGGGACAUCCGCAAGCUGAGUCGAUACUUGGAGUGUACGGCGGAUUACCUGUGCAAGAUUUUUCAGGUCAGUGCGCCCUCAAUAACCAAUGGUUCUAUGGAUGGUGGUUCCAGUGGGGGUGUAGGCAGUCAACAGAAUGGCCAACCACCCCAUUGCAUCGAGGGCAAGUUGAGCCCACUGGGUCGCUACCAGCUCAUGAACGGACUUCGGAGAUUUGAAAUCACCUACCAGGGUGACCCCGACCUGCAGCCAAUCAGAAGCUACGAAAACGCCUUCCUCGUCCGCAGGUUGUACAAGUUGUCAACGAGCAUCAACGAUACGUUUGGCAACAAAAUCCAGGAGUUGUACCAUCGACCAGAUUUCACGGGAGCCGUCGCCAAGCAGUUCUUCACUCCACCCACAGUCACCCCGACCCACAGACAGACCCCCAAGCGGACAUUGUCAUACAGCCCCACCCCCGCGCGUAGUUCAAGUGGCACACAACAAUAUCGGCCGAGGGUCAGUCUGCGAUUUCUUGCCAGUCACUACACGCUGGCCAAGCUGGUCGUCUUCUUCCUGUGCCUAUGGUUAAUGGGCUUCGGUCCCGUGGGGGCAGUGUUUAUGCUUGUCAUCGCGGUGGCGCUCUACGGAGUUAUAGGCGGGACGAUGUACACCUUCGGACAUGAUAAGGAAACUCACGAACAUCUCGACUGAUGAAAAGCCUUGGUGGACAUUUAGUGUUCUCGGCAUGCAGU